UACCUCCCAUCCUGGCAUCCUCUACCAGAAGAGAGGAGGUGUACUCUGAGCUUUUCUAGUCAAUUAUCAAAGGCAACAACAAACUUGGUACUUAAUUUUGAGACAACAUUGGCUGCGCAUGCAUACAGGAAAAUGGAAGGAAUCAAUUAUCGAGCUGCUAAUGACAUAGAAAACCCGUACAGUGAAUUAGAAACUUCGAUACUCGAGGAGUUGGAUAGCUUGUCUUCCCUGUCCCCUUCGCGUUGUAUCUACAGAGUUCCCGAUGCACUACGGCGUGUACGUGAGAAGGCCUACACCCCUCGUGUAGUAUCCAUAGGUCCACUUCACCAUGGAAAUGAAGCCUUCAAAGCCAUGGAAGAACAUAAAAAGAGGUACCUAAAACAUUUUAUAGGUCGGAGAAAUUUAAGCUUGAAGGAUUAUAUAAGGAAAAUAAAGGACCAAGAGACAAAACUGCGAAGUUGUUACGCGGAGACAGUUGACUUCAAAAGUGAUGAAUUUGUGAGAAUCAUCCUUGUUGAUGCCAUCUUCAUCAUUGAGUUCUUAUAUAGGUCCUGGUACCCUAAUUUAGUUGAUGAGAAUGACUGCAUAUUUGGAAAAGCAAGGUUAAUACAAGGUGUAUGGCCGGACUUGUUGAUGCUUGAAAAUCAGCUGCCAUUUUUUAUUCUUGAGGACCUUUUCGACCCAAGAGAUUUUCCAGUCCCUAGCCCUUCUAAAGUGAGUACUGGCAAUAUUGACAGACUUUCAAUAAUUUUUCUCUCUCACUGGUUCUUAAAUGAGUAUGCAAUACAAAUGGAGGAAAGGGAAGACCAAUUGAAGAAAAUAUGCUCUUCCAAAGUACAAGUACAACAUUUUCUUGAUCUCUUAAGGGCGUUAUACAUAGGACCUGCGGAAUUAGUCUUGAAACGGCAACAAGUUGAAAAACCCAAAACUGUGACUGCACCCAACAUUACAGAGCUACAUCGCGCAGGAAUCAAGUUUAAGGAGGGAUCAACUACAGACUUACUUGACAUACAUUUUAUUGGUGGGAUUCUAGAAAUUCCAAAAUUAAAAGUGUGGGAUGACACCGAAAUCAUAUUUAGAAAUUUAGUGGCUUUUGAACUGUGCAAUGACUUGGAGUAUUACAUAAGUGACUAUGUUAGCAUUAUCGAUUCUUUUGUGAACACCUCAGAGGAUGUGGAAUUGCUAGUUAAGUAUGGACUUGUUGAAAAUAUGCUCGGUGACAACAGUCAGCUGUCUACUAUGAUUAACAGCCUUGCAGCUGGUGUUGAGCUUAUCCCCUCUGAAUUCUAUUAUGCUAGUCUUUGUGAAGAUCUGAGCAAGUACUGCAGUUCAAAGUGGCACAGAAGUAGGGCAAAUUUGAAACAAAAUUAUUUCAACACUCCUUGGCGUACUACGUCCGUCAUUGCUGCUGCUGUUCUGCUCAUACUCACUUUCAUUCAAACAGUAUGCUCUGCUCUCUCUAUUGCUUAAUCUGGCAUCGACCAUUAUACUCUCGAUCUGCUCAUCUUUUUUUUUUUUUUUAAUCAAGCUAGUAUGCUGUUGUGUGAUCUAUUGUAUGUUUAUUUUAUUAGCUUCUUUAUGUGUUGGACUGAUUGUCAGAUUCAUUGUAUGGAACUUAUGUUAUGUAAUACCUUUUAAUUUGUAUGUUUGAUGGAGAUUUCCAAGAUGGACAAACAUUUAAAUUGCCAA